CCCCCUGUGACUUCCAGUGAUCCCCUGCAGCUCACCCAAUGACCCCUGUGAUCUCAUGUGACCCCUCUAUAACCCCUAGCCUGCCCAGUGACCCCAUCUGUGAUCCCUUACCCCCCAUUGCUCCCCAGGGUAAUUUCAACGUGGGGGUUGUGCCCCCCUGUACUUAGCUAUGUAAAUACACCCCCCCAAUAAAGGAGCCAACCCCUGCCUGCACUUGUCUCUGACUCCCACCCCAGGACCCCCUCCGCCCCCCCAGGAACCCAGGCUCCAGUUCGGGGCCGUCCCCACACAUUGCGCACAGCUGCUGGGAGUUACACACUGUGUCUGGUCUGUCACAUCUUGGAGGUUUAGGAGGCAGCCCUGGGGGGUGUGACAGCACUGCGUAAGGGGGAGCUGUGACAUGAUGAGAGGCUGUGCUGUGCCAAGGGGUUGUGGCAUCAUGGUGGGGAAGUGAUGUCACCAUCUGCUGUGACAUGGCAGGCUGACAUCCCCAGGGGCUAUGACAUCUCAAGAAGCUAUGUCAUGGGGUUGUGAUGUCACAGGCCCUCUGGAUCUCACAAGGAGCUGUGACAUCCCUAAGGGCUGUGACAUGUUCCAUCAUACACCUUGAUUAUGUGGGGGUGGGGGGGCUGACCUCUUGCCAUGGAUGUGGGGGGCAUGAUGUCUGCUCUGACAUCAGAUCAUUGGGGCCGGUCUAGAACAAGAAGUGGGGGGUCAACUUGAAGCUAAUACUUGAUGGAGGAGUGGGAGGGGCCAAUGUGAGGGUGCUGCCAGGAGAGGGGCAAGGCUGGGGUUGGGGGGUGGGAUUCAGCAUCUCCUGGACUCACCCACCCCAGAACCCCCCUGCUCCCAGCCCCUCCCCUCCCAGCAGAGCCAGGCAUCCACCCCACCAGCCCCACCCCCAGGCAUCUGGGCCGUCUCCUUGCCCCACCUGGGGGCAAAGUGCGGGUGCAGGCGGGACGUGGCGCAGGGCCGAGCCCCGGGGCCGGUUACACCCCCCACUCCAGAGUCAGCUGCACCCGGGCCCUGCGACCCCACCAGCUGCGGCCGCAUCUGGAUGGGCCCAUGGGGCUGAGCAAGCGGCAGCUGGAGGUGCUCAGUGCCCUGCAAUGGAUGCUUACCUUCCUCUUCCUCGGCCCCGUGUGCACAGCGCUGCUGCUCUGGCUCCUCUUCACGCGCCUCUGGCUUGUGUCCGUGCUCUACUUUGCCUGGUGGCUGCUGGACUGGGACCCCCCGGGUCGGGGCGGGCGUCCCUGCGACUGGUUGCGGCGCCGGCGGAUCUGGACCCAUUUCUGUGACUAUUUCCCCAUCAAGGUGGUGCGUACGGCCCCGCUCCCGCCCGGGCGCAGCUAUGUGCUAGGCGCGCACCCACACGGCAUCGCGUGCGCGGGCGCCUUCGCGGUGCUCUGCCCCGAGGCCGCCGGUUUCCCGCGCCUCUUCCCGGGGCUGCGCCCUGUCCUAGCGCCGCUGCGCGGCCUCUUCCUCCUGCCCGGCUACCGCGAGUACCUCAUGAGCGCCGGGAUGUGCCCCGUGAGCCGCGCCAGCUUGGACUUCCUGCUGUCGCGGCCCGGCGUGGCCGUGGGCAUCGUGGUGGGCGGGGCCGCCGAGGCGUUGGACUCCGCCCCCGGCUCCUACCGCCUCACGCUGCUCAGGCGCACGGGCUUUGUGCGCGUGGCGCUUCGUCACGGGGCCUGUCUGGUGCCGCUGCUGUCCCUGGGCGAGCCCGAGCUGUUCGCGCAAGCGCAGUUCGCGCCCGGCGGCCUAGCGCGGCGCCUGCAGGAGCGGUUCCGAGCGCUCGUGGGCUUCGCGCCCUGCGUCAUCCGGGGGGAGUGGGGGCUGCUGCCCAGGCCCCGCCCCCUCACUGUCGUAGUGGGCAGCCCCAUCCCAGUUCCACGGCGGGUGAAGGCGACGCCAGAGGAGGUGCUACACUACCACGCGCUCUACGUGGCGGCACUGCGCACCCUGUUUGAGCGCCACAAGGUGGCCGCCGGCCUGGGCCCUACCUGCCGCCUACACCUUGUCUAGGCCCGGCAGUGACCCCAGCAACGACUACCCAGGAGAAACCCCACAAUAAAGACCCCCCCUCCCCCCCCACCGCCCUUGAUCUGUGCCUGGCUCCACCUCUUCCUGAGCCAUAUUUUGGGUGUGGGGAGGCUGCCCUGGACCCUCCAGGCCAUGCAUGUGGGGGGCGGGACCUGGUGUGGCCCAGGGUGGAGGGGUUGCUGUGGGUGCAGGGCCAUGGGGCAGGGAGCAGGGGGUGGUGCAUAGUUUGCAAGCAUGCAACACAAGGUGGCACAAAAUGUGACACACUGGUACACACACACAGGUGUGCUCUGUAAUGCAAUGCAGGUGUCGGUCCAGCUUGGAAAGGCAACCAGAACCAAGAAAAUGGGGUGGCAUGCACGUACGUGUGUGUGUAUCUGUUUGUGCUUGCACAUUCAGCGCAUGACAUUUUGCAAGUGCAACACAACUGUACAGGGUUGAACAUGUACACUUCUUGCAAGUGGAAGACAAAUGUAAGGUGUCCAGGGCACGUGUGUGUGUGUGCAUGCAUGCCUAUGCUGGACGCCCUGCACUUGCAAGAAGUAUACGUGUGUACACACAUGCACACCAUACAGUUGUGUUGCACUUACAAGGUGCACACACAUGCACUCUGUAUCAUAACAUGCACACAGCUGUGUGCAAGCACACCCACACUGCACACCCUACCCUUGUGUUGCACUUGCAAGAAGUGUACAUGUGCACACACACAGCCCCCUCCCUCCCCACACUGAGCAGCAACACACAGGGUGGGCGCUGGACCCUGCCAGCCGCCUUGUCUCCCCUUCACCCCCUCACAGCCGUGCCCCCCCUUGCCCCAAACCAGGCUGCAAAAGAAUAAAAAGGCGGGGGCUAGAAUAAAACCCCCCAGGGGUGUUUCCCCCCCCAAAAAAAAACCCGCACCGUGCCCCGUCAAUGGCAGAGCCCCCGGCGGGAGAGGAAAGCGGCGCCGCUGGGACUCGAACAGGGGAACACUGGGGGGGCUGACCCGCUGAGCCACGUCUCCGCGUCCGCAAUACACUGCGCAUGCGCGGAGCUCCCGGCCGGUGGCUGGCAGUGGAGGGAGGGUGCCAGGAAGAGUGGGUGCUGCCAGUGCGCCUGCGCGGGGCUGCUUCUGCCUGUCUGCCCUGGGUAGUGGCGUCGGGAGUCGGAGGUUGCAUGGGCGUGCGAGGAAGUGUGUAAGGGAGAGCAUGCGGGGGGUUGGAGGUGUGCACGUGUGUGUGUCUGUGUGAGGGUGUGAACACGCAGCGUGGGUCUGUGUGCGUGUGCAUGGACUGUGUGAAGGUGUGUGCACGUGUGUGAAUGGGGGUGUAUCUGUGUCA